AACCACGCAGUCACGGCGGCAGGCACGCCAAUACUGGCCCCGUGGGACUUUAUCUCUGACCUGCGCGGAGAAACUGCAUCACUUUAAGUCGUCUUCCCAUCCAAGCCUCGACGAUAGGCGAUGAAUGGUUCCCUCCAGACGAUCAUCUCUUAUCCAUGAUUGGCCCUUCUGCGACGCCAGAUUCUGGGGAACCGCUGGAACGGCUCACGAGAGGAAAUGCAUCAGUCGCCGCGGAGUAGCCAUCAAUCAUCCGCAGACUGCACACCAUGACCUAGCUUGGUUUUCUUCCAGUCGAUUCACCAACCUAGAAUUCCAGGUUUGAUCUCCAUUUGUACUGAGACUGAUCAGCCUGCAACAGUUUGUCUCUAUCCAGCCUGCUUCAUCCUCCUUGAUCUCUCGUUCCCUCCCUCUCUCGUGCCCUGCCACACCAUGUCGGACACAAUGACCAUCCAAGAAGAAUCCGACCACUUCUCCCCUUAUCGAGCCGACGGCAAACUUUAUGGAUUCGUGUGCGUGGUCACUGGCGCAGACAUGCCUGUCGGAGGAGCCAUUGUAACAGAGCUAGCAGCCCACGGCGCAGCUUGCAUUUACGCGUGCACCACCUCAUCGCCCUCGACGAACAACCUCCAAUCCACUCUCGCCGCCACCUACCCCAACACCAAGGUCAUCGACUAUCCAUACUCGAUCUCAUCAGAGCAAGACACACUGACCCUCAUUGACGAAGCCCUCAAUGCCUGGGGUCGGCUCGAUGUGUGGGUGUGUAGUUCUGGGUUACUAGGUCCGCCUUCGAUUGAUCAAACCACCCCAGCGGAUCUUCAAAACUGUUUCGAGGCCAACAGUCUGGCACCCUUUUUUGCCCUCAAAUACGCGCCUCAUGCAAUGCAAAAGACAACUCCCAAGGGGAGCUACACAAAUGCAGCACCCAAGGACCACCGCUACGGCAGUAUCAUUGUGGUGAGCUCCACCGCCAGCACGUACGGAGGAUGCUGGGGUCCAUGUUUCACCAUGUCCUCACAUGCCGCCCUGGGCGUCGUUCGGUCAGGAGUAGCCGUCUUGAAGGGGACCGGCGUCAGGAUCAACGCCAUAAGUCCUGGGCAGAUCGAUGUUGGCGUCAGUCUAAAUGGGUUUGAUGCACGAGGAGGCAACUUGCAGCUGCCCCCAGCGGAGCUACAAAGCCCUCAAUCCCAAAAGAUGAACAUUGGUCUGGAGCGGGCUGGUUUGCCAAAGGAGGUCGGCAGGGUUGCAGGAUUCCUGGCAAGCGGGUUUAGUAGCUACAUCACAGGUGCGAACAUGGUGGUGGACGGCGGUGCCAGUGUUAUGUGUCCAUUGAUGGUCCCCAUAUAAAAAUGAAUGUGUAGAUGGAGCUGUCUGGAGUGUCUAUCUAACAGUACCGACAUGUAACGUGGUAUGGUCCUGCUAGCGAAAAAAGACUCCAGCUGAGAUGUCUUUCUGGGCACCUGAUAAUGAUCAAAGAGCUAUCGAGAUGAAGAAGCAAUUGAUGAUAAGGAAUGAGUGCCGGGGAUUAUUUAUGUGCGGGAUGGCAAAGGGAGAUCCGAGGGAGUACUCUUGGGCAAAAGAAACACAUUUACUUUCAUCGUCGGGGCCUG